AUGGAAAAUAAUGAAAGUAACCACACCAGUUACUACCAAAGCGUAACGUCGAACAGCAACACUAUUAGCAUUUUUUAUGAAGAUUUAAAGCAAAACAAAAGUGAAAAAAUAAAAUCACAAGAAUGGAAAGGUGACAAAGUAAAAUCACAAGAAUGGAAAAAUGACAGAGUAAAAUCACAGGAGUGGAAAAGUGAAAAGCACGUUAGUGGAAAGAGGUCCAAAAAAGGAUACCAUUCUAACCUUGGGUUCUUUCAUCAUAAAAGGAAAAAAGCUAGUGAAAAGGAAAACAGGCAAUUUAUAGAAAAUGACAAGAUUGGUAAUAACUACUCCUCCCAACGGGACUUAAAAAAAAAAGGUAACCUUCCGCAACAGAGUGGAAAAGGUUGUGGAGAUAAAUCCAAAGAGAGCUUGCUCAUAGGUGGUGCAUCUCCGGGUGGGACAAAUACAGAGGGGAAUAACAAAUUGGGGCACCAUGUGAGAAGCUCCAAUGGAAAUAGUGGACCCAUUCAGGGGGGUGCCCUUAACGGAGGACAUGGGAACCCCACGAAGCAGAUGCAUAACCAGGGAGGUCAUGGUAAAGGUGAUAAGCGGGCCCUCCACGAGAGCAAUCAUAACAAUAACAAUAGCAGCAGCCAUGGGGAGGGAGUGAGACUCACCAAAGAAUUGCUCGACGAUCUGAAUAAGAGAAACAAAAUUCUCAGUGAUGAGAGCGAAGAAGACGGGGACCAUGAGAACCAGAAUUUCCUCAUAUACGUGAAGAAAAGGAUUGAGCAGAAGAAGGAGGAGGAGAAGCGGGAGAAAAGGGCGGAGAGGAGCGGAAGGGUAGGCGGGAAGGUAAGCGGGAAGAUAAGCGGUAGAGUGAGCGGGAAAAUCAGCGACCAUAUAAAACACCACACUGGUACCCAUGUGAAUGAAAUUAUCGGAGAAAACGACACAGAAGGAGGGAACCCAAGCGAGGAUCUGGAAAACUCCCCAAAUGGAUGCGGUAACGGAGUGGAUCCUCGAAGUGACAACAACUAUGAUGAUAACAAGGGGAGCGGUAACGGGAAUCGAGAAAAUUCCAAUCAGGUAGAAACAUACAAAACGAUCGACGAUAGUAGCUCCCUGUUUAGUGAUGAAUCCACGAAGGUCUACGUAAAUAGGAAGAAUCACGUAGAAUUUAAUAUGUGUGAAAAUCCAUGUGAUAUUUGGUACGGGUUGAGAAAGAGGAAUGGUAAGCGAAUUUUUAUCAGCAGUUUGGGUGUGAAUGGUAAGAAGAAUAAAAACAAGGGGGGGAAUGCCAGGUGUGGCAAUGUGAGGAGUGGCACAGGUAGAACUGGUCAUGUUUGGAGUGCCAACGGCAGAAGCGACGGAAUGAGGAACUCCAAAAAGAGUGGUAGCGGCGUUGUUAGCAGCAGUAUUGGCAUUGGCAAUGAUAGUGGCAACAACACGAAGGCCAAGACCAAGCCCAAGAACGUAGAAAGGUAUUACAUAAGCAAGAAGAAGGGAAGCAGCAGCAGUUUGGCCAAGCUAAGUCGAGACAAACCCAACAGAAAAAACGUCCCCAAGUGCAACAUCAGAUAUGUUAAAUACAGCGCAGAGUGGAGCUCCAGUUACUACUCCAACGUGAUAAACAGCAAUGAUGGGAACCUCUCUGAUAACACCAUUGCUACGAUGCACAUUGAUGGCAAUUGCAAAUAUAAUGAGGAGAGUAACGAAUACAGAAGUGGCAAGGGGAAUAACCACACGUACAACUCCGCCACGUAUAGCGGUAAUAGUAAGAAAGGGCAUGGGAAAAAUGGGCACAACAAUAUUUUGCAGUUCAAUAAAAUGGGCGGAGGGAAUAAUUUUAUCAUUUCUCGUAAUGAGCAUCAUCAGCUAGCCAAAAAGUCUUCAAAAAAAAAAAGUAAAAAAAAUAUUAUGACAUGGUCAGGUAGAAAUAACAAUUAUGAGAACAAACACAGGGUGCAUUUUGCGCCGGUGAAGGGUGCUAACAAGAACAUUUACUACGACAACCAGGCGACCAAAAUUAGGAUUAGGGGGGGAUCCCUUGGAUAUUUGAGCGACGGUGGUGGAAAGGGUGCAGCAGUUACAGCACCUGACACUGCUGCGACAGCUGCUUCCAACGCUGCUUCCAACCCUGCCGCCAACCCUGGUGAUGGACUCGACCGGGGUGGUCACAGCGACGGAGCUAAUAACAAGGCGGACGAAGAUGUAGGCCGAAAAAGUCACGCGGCAAUCGGGGGAACAAACAGUAGCAUGGAUAGUAGUGCCGAUAGUGGUGGGGGUGCUGGCAGUUGCCCCCGCGAGGAAAACGCACACGUCAGCGACCCAACGAGCAGAGACAGUACCCAUUUAAAAAAUCACUCCCUUUCGAUGCACAGCGGGCUGAUGAAGAAGAAUGAGAACCCCCCCCGUGACGCCAGCGUAUCACCAGAUUAUAAAGGCAAAUCACAAAAUGGAAAUAUCCCUUCUAUCCCCUGUUGUGCCCCCAUACGACAGGACCAUAACGAAAAUAUUGCAACUAGUUAUGAAAAAAAUUACUUCAAUUCAUCGUGUGCGAAUAACGGAGGCGAAUUUCGUACUGAGGUCAAAUCCAGUGUGGACAAUGUGUGGGGUACAAACCAACAUAAGGGAGUUGGGGUGAAGGGGUCAUAUCAGAACUGUAAAAAUGGAUCCAAAAGAAUGAAUACACAUAAGACGCACAAAAUAAAUAACUACAGCAACCACAUUAAUAAUGUUGGCAGCUCGUCAUACAACCCCCCACUGAGCAACAAGGAGAAAGAACAUGAGGGGAACUACUUGGCUCAUGCGUUGCCCUCUGAUAGUGCCGCUCCGCCAACGACUCGCAUUGAAGCAAGUGAAUACUACGCGAGGAACAAGGGGAAGGAUUAUGUGUGUGCACCCAACUUUCACUACCAGCAUGGUGGAAAGAACGGGGCGUCGAGUUACCACAGCAAUGCGAACAACCACAAACCAUUUGAUGUGAUCAAGGAGGAGACGUUUAUCAUGGCGGAGGGAAGAGAAAAAAUAAUUUUCCCCGACUUUGCCUACACGGGUGAGCAAAACAGGAAGUACAAAAAUUAUUACUACAACAACGCUAAGUUUGACUUGUCUUAUGAAAUUGAGGACGACAUACGGAAGCGGAAGAACAAAAAGUGGAGCGCCAACAACGCCAGCGGCAACAAUGGAAACGGAAACGGAAACGGAAGCGGCGGUCAUGGCGGCAACAGCGGUAACGGCGGCCAUGGUGGCGCCCACUCUGGCAGCAAGUCAGCUUUUAAGAGCGCCAGGGAGAGGGUGCAGUCCAUACUGGCCAGGCGGAGGGGCGUGGACUUCUGA